GUCAUCUUCAACUACAAGAGAAUUUGCUGAACAAUCACCAUUAACUGUCACUAUUGUUAUCAUUAUCACCAGCAAUUUUUACAUUCUCCCAAACGAGGCGGAAGACGGAGGAUGGGCGAUUGUUCAAAAACCAUUUCUGAAAAUUCAAUCCUCGAAAUCCUGCAGGAUGAGUGUGCUACUCCUAUUGAGGUACUCAACCGCGUUGCAGAUUCAAUGAUUACUCAUAUGAAAGCUGGAUUUAAUGUUGAUGGUGCACGUGAUCUUAAAAUGCUUCUAAGUUAUGUUAAUAGCUUGCCUACUAAGCAGGAGACGGGGCUGUUUUAUGCUUUGGAUAUUGGAGGGACGAAUUGUCGUGUGUUAAGGGUUAAGUUAGAUGGGGAAGAUAUUGACAUCCAUAAAAUAUCCAGGGAGAUACCAGCAUUGCUGAAAACUGGUACCUCUAAGAUAGGAGAAGAUGUAGUUGCUUGUUUGGUAGAAGCUAUGAAAGAACAAGAACUUGAUAUGUUUUCUGUAACUGCGCUGGUUAAUGAUACUGUGGGAACGCUCGCUGGAGCAAGAUACAAGGACAGUGAUGUGAAAGUUGCUGUCAUUUGGGGCACCGGAACUAACGCGUGUUACAGAGAACGAACGGAUGUGAUUCCAAAACUCAAUAGACAGGGGAAUCAGGGUCACGUUACUGGAAAUACGAUCAUUAAUACAGAGUGGGGAGCAUUUUGUGAAGGACUUCCUUUAACAGAAUUUGAUCAAGACUUGGGUACUGAUUUGGGUAAACAGAUAUUUGAGAAGAUGAUAUCUGGUAAAUACCUGGGGGAAAUUGUGACUAGAAUUUUGCUCAAGAUGGCUGAAUCGGAGAAUUUGUUUGGUGAACACGACACGCCUUCUGCUGUACUAAGUACACGGGAAUUAAAUGAAAUGCAAGCAGGACGAUUCCGACGACCUGAAAAGUGUUGGAUCAAUAUUAAAAGAAACAUUCAAGGUCGAGACCACCCUAAGCACGAGAAAAACUGCUGUAGAGGUGAUUGAUGCUAUUGUCAAAAGAGGAGCACGAUUAGCUGGUGCAGGCAUAGUCGGAAUUCUUAAGAAAAUGGAACAAGAUACGGAGGGAUUUAUUUAUGGGAAAAGGUCCGUGGUGGCCAUUGAUGGAAGUUUAUAUGAACAAUAUCCACAGUACAAAUUAUAUCUCAAAGAAGCAGUUAAGGAGCUGCUUGGUCCAGAGAAAUUUGAAUAUGUGGUUAUACAACAACUCCAUGAUGCUUCCGGAGUUGGAGCUGCUUUAUUGGCCGAUACUAAUUCCAAAGUGUAUCAUCUGCCUCGUGAGGUUUGUGAGUGAACGGAUUAGCUUUUAACAUGUAGCUGCAGGCGCUAGGAGACCUUAACGGCCCACCCAAAUAAAACACAAACAGCCCGAAGACGAGUAGCAAUCAGAAGCAAUAUGAAUGUCGAUUUUAAUACUAGUAUAUUUUUAGAUAAUUGUUAGGGGAAAAGCCCCUUUUACUAGAGGGAAAGAUGAAUUCUGGGUGGAUUUAAAAAAAACUUCCCCCGUCAUAUCACCGUCUAAAACUACAUAUAAUCAAAUUGGAAACGAACCCUUGAUGGUCGUAUGUAUUGCAUGUUGUGCUCUUCAGGAUGAAGACUGUGUGUACAUAUUUCAUCAUCAAACACGUGUAUGUGAGAAGACACGUGGAGAGCAUGCGGACCAAGUCAUCAAAACAUGAUGACACACGUCCACAG